AUUGCCUGGCUCAUAAGUCAUCUGCCUGCAGUGUGGAACGAUGUCUGCUGUUGUGAGACUUAUCAGAAGAACGCUGGCACAGACCAGACCUGUGCUGGCCCUGUUCAUCUUCAUUUUACCACUGCUUCAGUGCACAGCAACAAAUGACUCUCCAUUUUCACUUACCAACAAGGCCACGGGGUUUUGUCUGGUGAAAAAAGCUAAUCGUUGCCUAGAUGUACGCUGGACAACUGGCGGGCGGCUUUUUGUGACCUCAACUAAGAAGUGUCUUGGCGCUCAAGGCAAGAGCGUCGGGAGCGAAGUGAGCCUGUACGACUGUGACGACAAGAACGACCUCCAAAAGUGGGAAUGUCGGAAUGGGACGCUGAUUGCACUCAAAAACCAACAACUUUACAUCGAAGUCAGAGUGGAUGAAUCCAUUGCCCUCUCUCGAACUGUCGGCCCAAACAACUACCUGACCAUCACAGGGACGUCUUCCGGGGCUUGCACCAGAACUCACAGAGAACUUUACACCAUUGAGGGAAAUGCAUUCGGUAAGAUUUGCAUGUUUCCCUUUAUGUACAAGGACCGUUGGUUUGGAGACUGCACCACAUUUGACUCCUCUUCCAAACGAUACUGGUGUGCGGUCGAGACCAAAUAUGAACAUGAGCAGUGGGGAUACUGUCCAACCUCUUCCACAGACCACUGGGCCAAAAACCUGGUAACGGGAGCAUAUUACCAGAUUAAUGGUCAGGCUGCUCUGACUUGGGCCCAGGCUCAAACCAGCUGCAAUCAGCAGGCGGCCUCCUUAGUGAGCAUCACUGAUCCCAACCAGCAAGCUUUCAUCUCAGCACUGCUGGGAUCAGGGAAAAAAAAGCUGUGGCUUGGGUUGGUUUUGAACCCUGAACAUGGAUGGCACUGGUCUGAUGAAAAGCCUUAUCGGUAUCUGAGGUGGGAUGCUGGAAAUCCACUUCACAAUCCAGGACACAACUGUGCGAUUCUCGACUCCUCUGGUCAGCACUCCUGGCAAAGUUCAACCUGCAGCAAGAAACUGGGUUACAUCUGCUACAAAGAGGGUUCUCCCCCUGCUCCUCCACACUUUGAGACAGGCUUUUGUGCCAGUCCUUGGAUCCCUUACAAUGGCCACUGUUUCCAUCUCCAUCGUCCUGUGCAAUCCUGGCCCGACGCUCGGAGAGAGUGCCGAAAGGAAGGAGGCGACCUCGUGAGCAUUCGCAACGUGGAGGACCAGAGCUUUGUCAUCACUCAGCUGGGAUAUGCAUCCACUGAUGAGCUUUGGAUCGGGCUGAAUGACAGGACAAUCGAGGGGCUGUUUGACUGGAGCGACCACUCAGCUGUCAGCUUCACCAGCUGGAAAUAUGGAGAACCAGCGAUAUCCUCAGACACAGAGAACUGUGUUCUAAUCACAGGCCAGAAUGGGAACUGGGCAGACCGUGCAUGUGAGGAGAAACAUGGCUUUAUUUGUAUGAAGCAAAGCUCCACCGAAAGCACUGAAGAGGAAAUAGAACAAGAUAUUGGCUGCAAAGUGAAUUGGAAGAGACAUGGUUCUUACUGUUACUUCAUAGGAACUGAGACAAAGACUUUUGAUGAUGCAAAAGAGGACUGCAAGAGCUCAGGCUCGUAUUUAGCAGAUGUUUCAAGUGGAGUGGAUAAUGCCUUCCUUGUCAGUCUGGUGGGGUGGAGACCUGAAAAACACUUCUGGAUCGGACUCUCAAAUCGCAACAAUAUUGAGGUUUUUACAUGGACCAACACAGACGUAGUGAAAUUUACUCACUGGAAUGCAGACAUGCCAGGCUUUGAACAAGGCUGUGUUGCUAUGACAAGUGGGAUUUUGGCUGGACUCUGGGACUUGUUGCCCUGCACCAACAAGACCAAAUACAUCUGCAAACAUCUGGCAGAAGGUGCUGUUUCGACCAUUCCACCACCAACUAAAACCCCUCUUGGCUGUGCAGAGGGCUGGACAAGAAUGGCAACAAGGAACACCUGCUACAAGUUUUUCACAGGGCCUCGCUCACACGAGAAGACAUGGUUUGAAGCAAGGGAUUACUGCAGGGCCAUUGGUGGAGACCUGCUGAGCAUCCACAGUGCUAUAGAACAAGCUGUGGGACGUGGUGGAAGAGCCUGGAUUGGACUACAUGUUCCUGACUCUGGUUCUGGAUAUGUGUGGAGUGAUGGAACCCCGCUAAACUUCCAGCACUGGAUGGAAGGAGAGCCCAACAAUUUUAAUAAUGCAGAAUCUUGUGUUGAGUUUACUAUCUAUAACUGGGACGACUCGGGCUCCUGGAAUGAUGCACACUGUGAAGGUUACAACGACUGGCUGUGUCAGAUCCGAGCAGGAGUGACACCAAAACCACCUCCAAAUGAAACUGCAGCAGUCUUUAAUACCACACCAGACGGAUGGCUGGAAUGGAGAGGGAAUCAGUAUUUUAUCAACAGAUAUUCAAAGUCAAUGGAGGAAGCUCGUCACUUCUGCCAGCAAAGGCAUGGUGACCUGGCGACAAUCAACAGUAAGGAGGAAAACACCUUCUUAUGGAAACAGAUAUCUAGGACCUAUGGAUCCUUCUACUUUGGUCUGUCUGUGGAUCUCGAUGGGUCAUUAUGGUGGAUGGAUGGUAGUCCUAUAUCAUUUGAAAGAUGGGCCGAAAAUCAACCUAAUACCAACGUCUAUGACGAGCGCUGCGUUUUCAUGUCCUACCACAUGGGUUUCUGGAGUACGUGUAAUUGUGGAAAAGAGUUCCAGUCAUUCUGCAAACGAAGAAGUUCUCCACCCGUCAACUCUACUGUCGCCCCCACAGCUCCACCUAAAGGCGGGUGUCCACUCGCAUGGACCAAAUUCGGUACCAAGUGUUACAACAUAGUAUCUGACCGGAAGGUCACAUGGGAAGAAGCGAGGAGACAAUGCAUCAUGAUGAGAGGCAAUUUAGUCUCUAUACAUGCAAGAAAUGUACAAGCCUUUUUGGUGACCAAACUGAUUGAUGUAUCAAAUACCGAUAUGUGGAUUGGUCUGAAUAGUAUAAAUCAGGAUGGUUAUUACUGGAGUGAUGGGAAAUCCAGGCAGUUCACCAACUGGGGUUAUUCUAAGCACCAACGUCGUCCUGGAUCUUUUUAUCAAAGAUGGGAUGAGGAAGACUGUGUCACAGUGAGCACCAGUUCUAGUAAUGGGGUCGGUAAAUGGGUCAUUCGGUCUUGUAAUGACUCCUAUGGAUUCAUUUGCCAAAAAGAUAUUGAUCCAACUAUUCCGGCUCAACCAGAAGUAGUUGAAUCGAACAUCUACGUGCAUCUGGGCAAUGACAGUGUUAAAGUCAUAACACAGAAUCUGACCUGGGACGAAGCUAAAAAACGCUGUGAAGUGGACAAGGCUAACUUAGCAAGUCUUCGGAAUGAGUGGACGCGAGCACAUAUCGAACUACUGGCUAUGAAUCUCAAAACUCCUCUUUGGAUUGGACUAAACAAAAAGCAGACUGGUGAUUAUUUUCGGUAUGUUGAUGGCUGGCACAUAAACUUUGCCAACUGGGCAGCAGGUGAACCGAGCAGGGAAAGGCCGUGUGUGUACUUGGAUGUGGAAGGAAAAAUGAACACAGCUUUCUGUAACCAGACCAUGAACAGUGUCUGCAUGCAGUCAACAGAUGUGCCACCAACAGAAUCAACUGUAUUCCCUGGGAACUGCCCUCCAGACACAGAUGUGGACUACUUCCAGAGUUACACUUGGCUGCCAUUCAGGGGACACUGCUAUUUGUUUGUCCAUGAUGAAAUAGAAUGGGCAGAUGCAGCCAGCAGCUGUGUGAGACAUGGUGGAAUCCUGGCGAGCAUUGAAGAUCCUGCUGAGCAACAGUUCAUCAAGAGUAAUGUGGAAAUAUUCCAAGAUAGCCACAGUUCUUUCUGGAUUGGCCUCUUUAAAACAUAUCAAGGAACAUGGUUAUGGUUGGAUAAAACGGUCAUGGAUUACACUAACUGGGCUCUGUACGAGCCUGAUUCUGACUAUGGUGCAAUCAGAACCUCAGAUGGAGCUUGGUCCUCUGGUCGAAGAUGGCAUGACCGAGCAUAUAUCUGUAAGAAAGCCAAAGUAAUACUGACAGAUUCAGAGUCAAGACCAGAACCUCGAGUUCAGGAUCCUCGCAGUCGUCUCCGCACAAGCCUGGUAGUUGUGCUGAUCAUCGCCAUUGUCUCGACGUUGAUGGUUGUGGCCUUCGUUCUCUACAAGAAGUCCCCUAAACCUCUGCCCACCUUUGAAAAUCCGCUCUAUGUCAACAGCGAACAAUCGCCACCUGAUGUAGUCGACACCAAUAAAAUGAUAGAGAUUGCAGAAAAUCCGGAACCCAUUUUAUCUCUGUGAUUGAAAAAAUGCCAGAGUCCACAAGCAUAAUUGAAUGUCAGCCUGAUUGUAUUCCACUUUGAUACUUCAUUGCUUCUUUGUUUGCUACAUGCGGCGCAUAUUCAGGUAUUGAAUAGUGCAUCGCUAAGCAUUAGUUUCAGUGGAGUUGACUGUGUAGCCUUGUGGAAUAGAGCAAUUUAGGUUCUAGGAUGUCUCGAUGGAAAUCAUAAGUAUAUGAUCUUUUUUGUCUUUUUAACUGUGCCAGUGUACAUGAUUGACCUUCGGCCAAGUCCCACCCCCUUUAGUAACUCUUGCUAACUCGGACAAGCCACGGCAGCUGACUGCAUGUUUAUGAUGGACCCUGUCAGAGUCACAACCAUGCUGCAACACACCAGACAACUUCUGGAGCAAGCCUGAAUUUAUUCCAUUUAGGAACUUUCAGCAAGGUCGGCAUCAUGUCAGGGAGGCCUAUGUGGAAAAUGUUAAACUGUAUAUGGAUGAGAAAAACUGAAGUUAGAGGCACCAAUCUGGAAGUGGCAUUCAUCAGAUGACCCAGGCAUGUUUUGUUCAGUGUUGGGAAAUUGGAUCAAAUGAACCUGAUUGUGUAUCAUUUCAGGAUACCUAGUUCUGCUGUUGCAGGUACUCCAGGCACUUCGUUUCACCAUUUUUGCAUUUUCAAUUACUUAAAUCAGCCAGAAAACAGGAAAAGUGUUGCCAUCUUGAUUGGUUCUUGACAAAGUUUUAUGCUAAGAAUGUCUGAGUCUGCUUUUUGGGCAGUUGGUCGGUGUUUGCUACUGGUUAAUUUACAUGUAGGGGCGGGAGAGAGCCAAUAGGUCAGUUGUGGAGCUUACCUGAUGCCGGUCAUUGCUUCUGCUCUUAAAUGUACAAAUGUACCUUUGUGUCACUGUUAAAUAAAUAUUAAACCUUGAAC